AUGGGAUUUGCAGAGCGUUUCCAUGACAACAUGACCUCAUCCCGCCCCCUUCGCUCCAACAGGCGGGUCUUGGGAAACCAGACCGAGGACCAGACCGAGGACCAGACCGAGGACCAGACCGAGGACCAGACCGAGGACCAGACCGAGGACCAGACCGAGGACCAGACCGAGGACCAGACCGAGGACCAGACCGAGGACCAGACCGAGGACCAGACCGAGGACCAGACCGAGGACAGUGGAGACUGCAGUCAGUAUCCUCCAGUGCAGUCAGUUUCCUCCAGUGCAGUCAGUUUCCUCCAGUGCAGUCAGUAUCCUCCAGUGCAGUGCAGUCACAGUUUCCUCCAGUGCAGUGCAGUCAGUUUCCUCCAGUGCAGUGCAGUCAGUUUCCUCCAGUGCAGUCAGUAUCCUCCAGUGCAGUGCAGUCAGUUUCCUCCAGUGCAGUGCAGUGCAGUCAGUAUCCUCCAGUGCAGUGCAGUCAGUUUCCUCCAGUCCAGUCAGUUUCCUCCAGUGCAGUGCAGUCAGUAUCCUCCAGUGCAGUGCAGUCAGUAUCCUCCAGUGCAGUGCAGUCAGUAUCCUCCAGUGCAGUGCAGUCAGUAUCCUCCAGUGCAGUGCAGUCAGUAUCCUCCAGUGCAGUGCAGUCAGUAUCCUCCAGUGCAGUGCAGUCAGUAUCCUCCAGUGCAGUGCAGUCAGUAUCCUCCAGUGCAGUGCAGUCAGUAUCCUCCAGUGCAGUGCAGUCAGUUUCCUCCAGUGCAGUCCUGUCAGUAUCCUCCAGUGCAGUCCUGUCAGUUUCCUCCAGUGCAGUCCAGUCAGUAUCCUCCAGUGCAGUCCAGUCAGUAUCCUCCAGUGCAGUCCAGUCAGUAUCCUCCAGUGCAGUCCAGUCAGUAUCCUCCAGUGCAGUGCAGUCAGUAUCCUCCAGUGCAGUGCAGUCAGUAUCCUCCAGUGCAGUGCAGUCAGUUUCCUCCAGUGCAGUCAGACUGGGACAAGGUCAGACGUCUCAUAAAUGACGGUAACAUCCUCGUAUAG